AUAUUCCAGCGCGAAGCCGUAUCUCCUUCCUCGGUGGAAUAAAGAAGUUGCUCACGGACAUUGGAAAGGAGAGAAGACUUGAGAAGAGAAGAGAGGUUUGAGAUUCAGAAGGCGCGAUCGAUCAUGGCGAGCGCCAAGGCGACGAUGGGGCAGGAGAAGCAACAGCACUUCGUCCUCAAGAGCGGGCAUUCCAUGCCGGCCGUCGGAUUGGGCACCUGGAGGGCUGGAUCGGAUACUGCCCACUCCGUUCAGACGGCCAUCACCGAGGCUGGAUACAGGCAUGUGGACACGGCUGCUGAAUACGGAGUAGAGAAGGAGGUCGGCAAAGGGCUUAAAGCCGCAAUGGAAGCUGGAAUCGACAGGAAAGAUUUGUUUGUCACGUCAAAAUUAUGGUGUACAAACUUGGUCCCUGAGAGGGUGCGUCCAGCAUUAGAGAACACGCUCAAGGAUCUACAGUUGGACUACAUCGAUCUCUACCACAUCCAUUGGCCGUUCCGGCUGAAAGAUGGGGCACACAAGCCUCCGGAAGCAGGGGAGGUGCUGGAAUUCGACAUGGAGGGGGUGUGGAAGGAGAUGGAGAACCUUGUCAAGGACGGGCUGGUUAAGGACAUCGGCGUCUGCAACUACACGGUGACCAAGCUCGACCGGCUGCUACGGUCUGCAAAGAUUCCACCGGCCGUUUGCCAGAUGGAAAUGCACCCUGGCUGGAAGAACGACAAGAUGUUCGAGGCCUGCAAGAAGCGCGGGAUCCAUGUCACCGCUUACUCCCCACUGGGUUCUUCAGAGAAGAACCUUGCGCAUGACCCGGUUGUUGAGAAGGUGGCCAACAAGCUGAACAAGACCCCGGGGCAGGUGCUCAUCAGGUGGGCUCUGCAGAGGGGAACGAGCGUCAUUCCCAAGUCGAGCAAAGACGAGAGGAUCAAGGAGAACAUCCAGGUGUUCGGGUGGGAGAUCCCUGAGGAGGACUUCAAGGUCCUGUGCAGCAUCAAAGAUGAGAAGCGUGUGCUGACCGGGGAGGAGCUGUUCGUGAACAAGACCCACGGGCCAUACAAGAGCGCGUCCGAAGUCUGGGAUCACGAGAACUGAGCUCCCAUCAACCAUCAUGCAUGCAUGCUGAAGAAGCGCAGCGCAGAUGAUACGAAUAACGGGUGCUGAAGAAGCGUGAGAUCAUCGGACGGCAUGCAUGCUCUUUCCGUAUGCUCCGCAAGCAAAGCAUGGUUGUGGUCGUGCACAAUACAGUACAAUACAAUAAAUAAAAAUGGCACAAUAAAUAAAAAUGGCACUAGGGUUCCGCCGGCCGUGGCCCUUCUUCCUGCA